GUACGGUGUACGUUUGUUGGAAAGUGUCGGUACGCGUUGUUUGAGAACAUGGAAGUGAAGUUGUACAGUAUUUUGAAUAUAGCUAGAGGGGUUUUUAAAGUAGUGCAAGAAAUGCAAGGUUUAUCGUGGCAAAACAAGUUUCCACUUCCCAGUGUAACUGUAUGUGAACAAGACGUGCUUCAGGUGGUGGAAGUAGAGCAGGAAGUGGCUUUAACGAACAAGGGAGAAAGUGACCAGAGUUCUGGAAACAAGGUAAACGGAGUUUUGACAGACCCAAGUAGAAACGAUUUUGAUAGAUUGGAUGAAUGGAACACUGGAGAUUUGUCCAACAAUUCAAAGCCCAUUAUUGGUGAGGUUGAUUCACACCAACAGAGUAAGCCACUUGUAAAAUCAUUUGGAGAAGCAGAAUUUCCAGAGCAACGGAAGGAUUUUGAUGACCUGGGUUGGAAAGAAAGUGAAAAAUGGGUGACUAAAGAUUCCUUCUCCGUUCCAAAAGAAAACUUACAACCCGAAGUGAAUUUAGCCUCGUCAGUUGAAAGCACGGACACAGAAUCUUCUUCGCAGUUGAAAUUUUGGAAAAGUCCUCCUAGAGAAAGAGCAGUUCCGGCUUCUCCAAUUUCGAGGUUUCUUGGUUUUGGAACUCUUGGCAUGGGAUUAGUUUGGGGUGCGGCUUCCGAAGCAACGAAGAGAUUUUUUAUAAAAACGAAUGGAAGCUCUGAAGAGAACUCUGCCAACAAUUCGAAGCCGUCAUCCUAUAGUCUCCUUCUCUCUGAAGCAAAUACCAGUCGUCUUGCAGCAACCUUAUGCCGAAUGAGAGGAGCUGCGUUAAAGCUCGGACAAAUGUUAAGUAUUCAAGAUGACAAACUAUUACCUCCGCAGUUAUUGCAUGCACUGGAGAGAGCCAGGCAUAAUGCGGAUAUAAUGCCACGAAAUCAGCUUCUAGGAGUUUUAGAGACCGAACUUGGAACACAUUGGUCUCAGCGUGUCACGCAGUUCGUUUGGGUUCCGAUAGCCGCCGCAAGUAUUGGCCAAGUUCAUCGAGCCAUGACGAUGGAUGGUGUCUCUAUUGCUAUGAAAAUUCAGUAUCCAGGAGUCGCUAAAAGCAUUGACUCUGAUUUAGAAAAUUUAAAACGACUGUUGAAAUAUCUUAAUAUGUUACCCCGUGGAAUGUAUAUAGAUGAAGCAUUGCAAGUUGCAAAAGAGGAGUUGAAAAAAGAGUGUGACUAUCGUUUGGAAGCAAUUCAUCAACAACGAAUGGGUCAACUCCUGUCUGGGCAUCCAUCAAUCGUUGUUCCUUUUGUUGUCCCUGAACUUUCUACCAAAGCGGUGUUGACCACACAACUGGUGAAGGAUGCCAUACCCGUUGACAUGGUUGCUGCGGAAGAUCAAUCUGUUAGAAAUCGCGUAGCCAGUCUUAUUUUAGAGUUGACUUUGAAGGAGCUUUUUGUUUUCCGUUUCAUGCAAACCGACCCUAACUUUAGUAAUUUUUUGUAUCAUCCAAAAGAACAAAAACUUUACUUGUUAGAUUUUGGCGCGAGUAGAGAAUAUCCGAAAGAAUUUGUGGAUCUUUAUCUGAAAAUGGUGUGGGCGUGUUCCGAGAAAGAUAAGGAGGGUGUUAUUGAAUACUCGAAGAGACUUGGUUUUCUAACGGGGGAUGAAAGCAAAAGUAUGCUUGAUGCACACUGUUCUGCCGCUUUUGUCGUGGGCGAACCUUUUUCUGCCGGAUCUCUUUAUGACUUUAAAAACUCUGACAUUGCGAGAAGAGUGGCCGAGUUUGGGCGAACUAUGCUUCAGGAAC